GUAUACCUCUUCCCGUCAUGGCACUCUGUCGCGCUUGACGGACCUAGCAACAGUAACUAAGGGGGGCGGGGCUUGGCAAAAGGUCAAUUGAUCACAUAACAUGGCAACAGUAACUAAAAAGGAAAAAUGGGCGGGGCCACAGGAAUUUGUGUUUUGAUCACAUGAAAGCCACGGAAUUUAUGACAUCAUCAAGUCCCUGUAAGUAAGAGUGAGUGUUUAAAUUCAUCUCAUUACUUCACUGAAGACCUUCCUACACGUGAUAUAUAUCAUUGUGAGACGGACGAUACAGCGAUACACCAUGUUUUCAAAACUGGCUUAUGCAGCUGCCACCCCCUACAACUGGAGUAGAUAUGCGAUUUCCAGUGUUCUUGGCAGGGACCAAAUGGAGGCCCUUGCUAGACAGUUGGAAGAGAUGAAAUCCCAACUCCAAAGAGCAGAGGAGAACGGAUCCUUUCAGGAAAGAAAAGUAAGAGAACUCUCUGGAAACCUGGAACAUGAGACCACUGAAAACAAAACUCUCUGGGAUCAGGUUCAAUAUUUAACCAAUGAACUUGGUAAAGAGAGGGAUGGCAGAAAGCGACACGUAGAUCUGUACCGACAAGAAAUUCUCAAGAAUCAGGAACUGAACACUCUGAAUAGGCAGCUUUUCCAGCAGGUACAAGACCUGCAGAGCAAGCAAGCAUGCAUGAUGUCUGUGGUAAAUGAAACCCAAACAGAACUUGAAACCCUCACCAGGGAAUACAAUAUCCUCUGCAGUUCAUACGAUGAACUCAAUCAGGAUCAUACUGAUUUACAGGAAAAAUAUGAAAUGGACAUCAUAAGGACUCUCUGUGGACAGGUUGAGCGUUUAAACAAGAAACUUGGUCGAGAGAAAGAACUCAAGAAACAGCUUCUCUGCCAAGUAGAAGAGAUGAAGGAAAAGAAUGACAUGGAUAUCAACACAGAAAAACAAAGGAUUGUCACCCUUGUGGAAAAACUUGAGAUGAUGGAAAAGGAAAUCGCCAGAAAGAUAUCAGAGCUGGAUCAUCUGAUAUAUGAGCAUCAGAAAACAGAGCAUGACACCAAUUUGUUGAAAGAACUGGUGUCUGAGAGAGACAUGGAGUUGGAACACCUGAAAAUUCUACUCCAUGAGCAGACCUCAAAAAAUAAUCAAGUUGUUGUUCAGCUCCAGACUGAAAAAGAUCUUAAUGGCAUCCUUCACGCAGAGCUGGAAACACUAAAGGACCAAAGGACCUUCAACUUCAGUGUUUCACAGAACCCUGAACCAGUGGAUCAGGGGUCCAGCUGUGAUUCACAGAAUCCUGAACUAGUGGAUGAAAGGUCCAGCUGUGAUUCACAGAACCCUGAACCAGUGGAUAAAGACCCUCUCUCCGUUUCUCAGGACACAGAGAAUGCUGUAGUGACAACAAGGAAGCCUUCUUUGUGGAAAAAAACUUGCCACUUUCUCUGUUUGCGAAAGAAAAAUAUGCAGAGAAAUGUGCACCAGCAUGCAGAGUUCCCCCGUGUUUCACAGGACCUGGAACCUCUACAAGAGUCUUCCUUCAGUGUUUCACAGGACUCAGUGGUUGAGUCUGGCUGUGUUACACAUAGCCCUGAACCAGUGGUUGAAGACUCUUCCACCACUUCUGAGGACACAGAUCUGAAUGCUAAGGCUGAAGGCUGUGACAAGAAUGCUGCAGUGACAAUGAGGAAGCCUUCUUUAUGGAAACAAACUCACCGCUUUCUCGGUUUGAGAAAGAAGAGAAGGAAAGAAAUGUGCAGCAGCAAGUCCCCCAGUGUUUCACAGGCCCAACAACUGAAGUACAGUGAGAAGUGAGAAGGCUGUCCUCCCCAUGUCUGUGUGGGUUUCCUCCGAGUGCUUCGGUCUCCCCAUACAGUUUAUGCAGAUAAUACAAAAAAAGAAAGAAAAAAUCAAAAAACAAAACAAAAAUAAAAAAUAAAAAACAAAAAAAGAAGUAUCCCUCUGUGUUUUUCAGAACCAAUAGUUAGUGGUAGACCAAAUCAUAAAAAAUUCAUAAAUAAAAAAACAGUUAAAUUGUUGCUUCACUAUUUGUAUCUUGUUGUAACCCACCCAAACGGAUGCACAUGCAUCUGUAGCUGUAAAUUAGAGGCAAAGACACAAUUCAAUGUGGAGAACAAAGUGAACAAUGAUUAACACAAUUCUGCACAGCUAUGUAACUUAUAUAUACAUCCUU